AUGCUAUCAGUCCUUUCAUGGGGUAGAGCCCUGUUUCUUCUGUCUGUUGUGUCGCCCAGUGUCGAAAGCAAGAUCAACCGCAAAUCUAUUAUUCAGCAGUACAACCUCAAGCUGAACCAGUCGCACCCAUACAGCCCGGUACAAGUUGGAAAUGGCAAUUUCGCUUUUGGCGUUGACAUCACGGGCCUGCAGACCUUUCUGCCACACAACACGCUCUCGUCGUGGGGAUGGCACAACUCUUCCUUGCCAUCGACACCAAACCAGACUUCCCCAGCGGACUACACUGGCGUUGAGUGGUGGACUCAUGGUCGUCUAGUUAAUUAUGAGCAACCGAACCCGGCGGAGAAGGAAAUCAGUCAAUGGAUGAUAGCGAACCCGCAUCGCAUCAAUCUGGGAAGAGUCGGACUGUGGUUCGGAGGCAUCAAGGGAGGAAAUAUUAGUGAGAGGCAACUGAGUGCAAGAUGCCAAGAACUUGAUCUCUGGGAAGGGGCUGUCACUUCGUCAUUCUCCAUAGAUGGCGCAGAGGUUCACAUCACAACUAUCGCGAGUCCCAAGACAGAUACUGUAGCGGUGAAGAUAUCAUCCACAUUGGUGAGGACUGCAGGCUUAGGGGUAUUUUUCGACUUCCCAUAUGCAAGCGGGAAGAACAAAUUCGACACGCCAUUUGUUGGGUUGUUCAAUGCUACAUCCAAUCAUACUACCUCUAUCGAGUACAGGGAAAGGGCAGCUUCGAUCACGCACACGCUGGAUGCGACGACCUAUGUCGCCGAUAUCGCUUGGGAAGGCUAUGCCCGAAUCUCACGACUUCAUGAUGAUGAACACAAGUAUAUCCUGGCUACUAGUCAAAACUCAGAGACUCUUUCAUUCACGAUAACGUACGCUCCUCAACUGGGACACAAGUCUAGUACCGUUGAAACUAUUAAGGACGAAGCCGCAGUUUGGUGGUCAGACUAUUGGACAAAUGGAGCCUUCAUCUCACUCCCCACUGCAACCAACUCCUCUGCAAACGAGCUUCAACGCCGCAUUGUCCUGUCGCAAUACCUACUCGCCGUGAACGGAGCCGGUAAAGACCCCACGCAAGAGUCCGGCCUUGUGAACAAUGGCUGGUACGGCAAAUUUCAUAUGGAGAUGGUCUUCUGGCACCUCACUCACUGGAUGUUCUGGGGUAAAUGGGAUCUCUACAAUCGCAGCAUUGGCGUCUACGAGCGGUUCCUGCCAAGCAGUUUCGGGCGCGCAAGGAAGCAGGGCUACGAGGGUGCACGAAUCGGCAAGAUGAGCGAUCCGAGCGGUCGUUCCGCGCCUGGCGAGAUCAACAGCUUGCUCAUCUGGCAGCAACCGCACCCGAUGUACUUCGCUGAGAUGGAAUAUCGAGCUUUCCCGACUGAAAAGACGCUCAAGAAAUGGGACCACAUCUUGACAGGCGUUGCAGACUUCAUGGCCAGCUAUGCGUGGUGGAAUUCAACAAAACACCAAUACGAUCUCGGACCACCCAUGUACCCUGUCUCCGAAAACACGAAUCCAAACCAGACAGUGAACCCAACUUUCGAGCUCGCGUACUGGCGCUUCGGUCUUGAUGUUGCUAAGAAGUGGCAGACCAGGCAAAACAAAUCCGCGCCGGUGCGCUGGACCCACGUGCGAGACAACCUUGCUCCCUUCCCUACAGAAGACGGUGCUUAUGUGAUAUACGAAGGCAUACCAAAUAUGUGGUCCACUCCCAAAUACACCGAGGAUCAUCCAGGACUGCUCGGAAUCUACGGCUGGCUACCGCCAGACCCCCGUCUCAACAUGACCACCUUCAACAACACAAUCGCCAAGAUACACCAAACCUGGAACUUUCCUUUCUCCUAUGGAUGGGAUUUUCCGCUACUGGCUAUCACCGAAGCGAGGAGGGGUGACGCUGAGCGCGCUGUACAGCAGCUGCUUGACGUUAACAACGCAUUUGAUGAGGUGGGCAUGCCGGUUGGUGGGACGAGAGUUCCUACACCGUAUUUUCCGAGUGCUGCGGGCUUGUUGCUGGCGGUUGCUAUGAUGGCGGGUGGAUGGGACGGAUUCGUAGGUCCGGUUUGGCCGGCAGGCUGGGAGGUCGAGAGUGAGGGGUUCGUUCGUGGAAUGUAG